UUUCUGAAGGCCCUUGUUUGCGUUUAUACAGGCUAAAAUUGCCGGCAAAGCAAUGCCUUCUAUCGUCUCUUUAGACUUUGAUGACUAUGUACCAAUGGUUGACAAGGCUGUAGAUGCCGAAUGGAAGAAUAGAAUAUCUGAAGCUUCCUCAACAGACUGCCUUCCUCCCUCGGAUGAUACCCCAAAGCUUCGUGGUGUUAGAGCUCAAAUCGCCAUGAUGGUGGUUUUCAUCUUGAUGGUCUUUAACUUUGUUCUUUCAGUCACCAGAAAUUUGACUAAGAAACUUCCAGAUAGUACUUUAAAAGCAGGCCACCUCAGUCGCUUUUCUGCAUUAGAUCCUGCACAAAAAGGGGAACAUCACCGUUCACGAACUUCUGUGGUCACAGAAGUAGAGAUGUUUUCUUCUGUUUUGGGAAGGCUUGGGGAACUCGAAGAAAAUAUCAAUAUACUUCAGGCCAAACCAUCUGAGAUGCCUCAUGAGAAAGAAGAAUUGCUCACUGCUGCUAUCUGCCGUGUGGAUGCAUUAGAAGCUGAGCUUAUUGCCACCAAAAAGGUAUAUCUUAUACUUUUCUCUUCUAUGGUUUAAGCAAUUCUUUUUAAAUUUUCCAUGGAGGGAAAAAAAACCUUCACACUUGCUGGGCGCUUAUCCUUGUUUGCUAAGAAAGUUAUUUACUGGUAAAGUGAUAACCAAUAUGUGCCCCAAUAAGGAUAACAACAUUGUUAGACUAGAUAGAAUGUAUGAGAUUAGGCUAGGCAAAGAACCAUUACUUAAGGAAAUUGAGAGAAUUAUAUCAAAAAAAGUUAUCUCCUAGCUUGUCUUCUAAAUAAUGAAUUUAGACAACACUUUAGCUUGAUUUCAUUGUUGUUUAUUUAGCAUGUGUAUCCUAAAUAACACCAUUAUGCCUUCAAUUGUUCUCAAUGAAGUCAUACCUAUAACAUAAUAGAGUUACUAGCACACUUCAUCUUAAUCUGACAAAUCCAACGCAAAAUUAUAGAUCAAAUUUUUUUCAUUGUUUUCCUAGACUUUUGUGUACACGGCUAACACUAACAACUAAAGCAUAUACAAUCUCUACAAAUGAUAACUGCAAUAUAAAAUGUAAAAAUACAAAUCAAAUAAACUACACGAGCUUGAGGUUACAGUAAAGAAACGUCAAUGAGAAUUUAGCUUGAUAAACAAUUUAAAAAUCUUCUUAAAUGAUCAACCAUUGAAAACAUUAUCUCCUCAUUCCAAAUGUUAAAUGGUUGCUUAUUUGCAUUUAUAGAUAGGCUCUUGGGACUUAGUAAAGGUAUACAAAACCUUUACUUUGAUGACUAAAUUACUACCGAAAGCAAACGAGUUAUAGAGUUGUUACAUAGCUAUUGGAAUUGCUCACGGGUUGCUAAGUCCAUGAGAUCCUAUCGUAUAGCUCACGGGGACCCAUCUAUCCUUCUUCGUAGCCGGCCACUAAUAUGAAACCGCUACCAAGACAAUUUGUAAGGCACUUUAAAUAUAGUUAAUAGCUUUAACAUUCAAAAUCAUGAAAAAUUAUCAUUAGAAACUUCAAUAUUUUUAAUAAGCUACAAUAAAAUUUCUAAUGAAAAAAAAAAAAAAAAAA